ACUUCAAUAACUCCAACAUCAACGCAGCAGCCGCUGCUGCCGCCGCUGCCGCCGUGCAAAACCUCAUGGGCGGUGGGCACGGCAAGGGCGGGGACAGGGAUUUGGACGGCAAGCGCGGCGGCCGGGACAAGCGGGGCAGGCGUGGCGACCGGCGGGACCUGGAGCGCGAGCGUGAGCGCGAGAGAGACCUUGAACAGGACGGCGCCAAUCAGUUUGCCAGCCGCUUCCAGAGCAUCGAGGAGGUGCUAGGCCAGGUGAUGGCCGUGGCCAAGGACCAGAAUGGGUGCCGGUUCCUGCAGCGCAAGUUUGACGAGGGGGGCCCUGCGGCCAUCCAGGCGGUGCUGCCAGAGGUCCUGGAGCACCUCAUAGAGCUCAUGAUGGACCCCUUUGGCAACUACCUCAUCCAGAAACUCCUUGAUCGAUGCUCGGAAGACCAGCGCCUUGCGGUUUUGAAAAAGGCUGCGGAGCGCAAGGAGCUAGUUCAGGUUGCGCUGAACACGCACGGCACCCGCGCUGUUCAGAAACUCAUCGAGACCUUGACGAGCCGUGAGCAGGUGGCACUGGUGACGGAUGCGCUGCGUGGGGGAGUGGUGUCGCUCAUCCGCGACCUGAACGGCAACCAUGUGAUCCAGCGCUGCCUGCAGCGCCUGGGCCCCGAGGACAGCCAGUUCGUGUACGACGCGGCGGCCGCGCACACCAUGGACAUCGCCACGCACCGCCACGGCUGCUGCGUGCUGCAGCGCUGCAUCGACUUUGCCACGCCGCCCCAGAAACGCCGCCUCGUCGACCAGAUCACCAGCCACGCCCUGCCCCUCUCCCAGGAUCCAUUUGGGAACUACGUGGUGCAGUACGUGCUGGAGCUGGGGCACUCAGAGGCGACAGAGUCCAUCAUGCGCCAGCUGUGCGGCCACUACCCGGAGCUGGCGCAGCAGAAGUUCAGCAGCAACGUCGUGGAGAAGUGCCUCAAGCUGGGCGGCCAGAGCCUGGCCGAAAUGCGCGAACGCGUCAUCCGCGAGCUCCUCAACUCCCCCCUCAUGCCCCGCCUCCUGCAGGAUCCGUACGCCAACUAUGUGCUGCAGAGCGCUCUGAGCGUGUCGUCCGCGCAGCUGCACAACGACUUGGUGGAUGCGAUGCGCCCCUACCUGCCCUCGCUGCGGGGAACGCCCCACGGCAAGCGCAUCCUCUCCAAGAUCAACGUCAAGAUCUGA